AAGUAGUAAGAACGCAAAUACGGUAACUAGUAUAUAUUCACGCAUCCAAAAACAGUCUUCACCCUUCAGACGGUGUGGAUUUGACCCACGUCGCCCACCGUAGUGGAUAACCCCAUUGCCUGCGUACCACUUUUACUCCGCCUUGUACAGCCACAAACUGCUGCCAAGAUGGCGACAUCCGAGCCGGAACCUGGAACAGAGUUGAAAGAUAGUAGUGAAACCAGUGUUGCAGUCCCUUCUAACGAAACUGUGAAUUCUGAGCAGUAUAUUAAACAUCCACUUCAAAACAGGUGGGCGCUCUGGUAUUUUAAAAAUGAUAAAAGCAAAAGUUGGACAGAAAAUUUGAGACUUAUUGCAAAAUUUGAUACAGUUGAAGAUUUUUGGGCCUUGUAUAACCAUAUACAGCGACCAAGUAAACUUCAGUUUGGGUGUGACUACUGUUUAUUUAAGGAUGGCAUAAAGCCAAUGUGGGAAGAUGAAUUAAACAAACAAGGUGGCAGAUGGUUAAUAACACUUAACAAACAACAGAGGCAUAAUGAUUUAGAUCGGUACUGGUUGGAAACUCUUCUGUGUCUAAUUGGAGAAGCAUUCAAUGACUAUAGCGAUGAUGUUUGUGGAGCAGUUGUUAAUGUCAGACCGAAAGGAGAUAAAUUAUCAAUAUGGACAACAAACUGCCAAAACAGAGAAGCUGUUGUUUCUAUAGGGCAAUCUUACAAAGAACGUUUAGGACUUCCCUUAAAACCCGUCAUUGGUUACCAGUCACAUGACGAUACAUCUACCAAAAGUGGUUCCACAACAAAGAACUUGUAUUCUGCUUGAGAACAACCUUUACAUAAUAUACAUACCUUAGGUUUACAUAUGUUUGCUAUAGUCUUGAAUCAGAAGAAAAUAACAAAGUAAUACUAUAUGUUCUUUCUGCCAAUUUACAUUUUAGAAGAGUUAAAAAGUAAUUUAAAUUUGUAUAAGAACUGUGUGUAUUAAAAAUACAGUAUUUUUGGUAAUCCUGUGACAUUUUACCAGCUGUGUUCUAACCUGUUACAUAAGCAAAGCAUACAGUACUGUAUCAUUUGAAAUAUUAGCUAUUUUAGAUUGGCUCAAAUAUUUAAUCAAAAUGCAUUUCUGUAAUGUGAAAUGGGAUUGCAUUCAAAUGCUUUUGUAGGGGUAGAAUAUAUGCCAUUUCCAAGUUUACAGUGGGGAAAACAAUAAUGGACUCCAUUAAUAUUCAGACUCUAUUUUGAUGCUUCCACACUUGCUGUAUAGUAUUACAUAAGAUUUUUUUUUUCAUGGACAGGAGGCUUGAACAGUAGAAACUUGUCUUACAGAUGGUACAGGUUUAAUUUUUUGAUGUUAUUAAAGUAUAAUCUACUCCAGAAAAGAACAGUUGUAUAUGAGGCUUGUUCCAAGUUGCAUUUUGGGUGCUAUUUACCAUUUAUUUAAGUUCAUUAAUUAGCUUGUAGUAGAGAUUAGUAAAAUCCAAUGUUUGGCACAUCCACUGUCAGAAUUCCUAUGCAGAUGACACCAUUAAAAACAUGCUGCUUUUCUGGGGGUUGGAGGGGGGAAAUCUUCCAAUGUGCUUUUUUUAAAGCUCAGGUGCAUGUGCUGUUUUUUUUUUUUUUUUUUUUUAAAUACUUGGUAAUCAGAAAGUAUUUUCAUAAUAAGAUUUUGUAUUUACUGUACCAAAUCCAAAGGCACCCUUUUACUGCUUUAUUUUGCAAGGUAGUCUAAAAAGAUGCCCACAGAAGUACAUGGGAGAUAACUGCCAAGCCUGAUUUGGGAAAUUCAGGCUCAUGUUUUGUUUUUCAGAACUUUGCCCUCAGCUGUGGGUUGCAUGUUUUUUUCCAUACCAUCUCUGGGAUGUGCCAACUGUCCAGUUUCAAAACUGCCAAAUGAUGUGUUUGUUUAAAACUGUGAAACAGUUGUAUAUUGCCAUUUAAAAUGCAUCCCGGGAAGGAAAUUGUCUUGUACUAAUGACUUGUGAAAAUAGUACAUUGCUAAUUGGGGGGGGGGGGGGGGGGGGUAGAUUUGGCUAAUGAGUGAGCAUAUAAAAUGCCGUUAUUUAAACAGCGUUUUGCAGGCAUGUUGCCUGAACAUAGUAAGCACACGGGCCCUUAAAUCUCACUGCAGCAGCAUUGAGUUCAGCUGUUGGGAAUUCUGGAAUAGUUCAGGACCAUAUUUGCAAUAAACUAUGUGGAAGUCAAGUAUAUAUUUAAGAAAAUAUCUGCACACAAAAUGUAGAUUGGUAUGUGCUGGUCUGUUUAUUUUACACUGUUCUCUUUUUAAUAUUGGAAAUGUGGCAGUUUAGUUUUAACUGUAAUCUUCCAGACUGUUUACUUUUUGUGGAUUUUUUGUGUUAUGUGAUUAGAAAACAUUGUUCCCUAAUUAUGUAUGGCAAGAUUUCAACUAAAUUAUUACUCCUGGGGUUGACUCAACCAAACUGUAGUCAGAAUACCAAGGGCAACAGUACUUGACAGUUUUAGAUUAAAAAUGAAGAAUUGGAUUAACUUUCUCACUGGAUUUCAGGGGAAGGGUUUGAAUUUCUAAUUGGGUUUGGGGUUAGCUGCAUGGCAGUCUGAAGAAUCUGUGUGCUGUUUGAAAAUAUGCUGUGACAGUUUUCUUUAUAGUUCACCUGUUGAGAAAUUACCUGGCUGAGGGGUACAUUUUACCUAAAGCAUUUCUAUACCAUUGCAAGUCACAGGAGCCACAGAGCUUGGCGCAGUCCUGCCUUGGGCGCUCCCCUCCCUGGCAAGCACCUCUCCACCUAGGGCACUCCCUCCCUUAAGCACAACCCCAACUUGGGUGUGCUCCCCCUGCUAAGCAUGAAUCAGCUUCCAGUGUUUUUUUCUUCACACUGGAAUGUCAUUCUGCUCAAGUCCUGGAGUAAGAAUGAGGCAUGCUGAGGAGUAGUUACCAAGACUUGUCCAUUACCAUGAGGGAUCAGUUUUAAUUAGUGGUGGACCCUAUGUUGGGAAAGGAAGUUAAACAGAAUGGAAAAAGCCACAUUCCCAAACUAUGUGCAUAUAUGUUCUUGUGUUCAGCUGAUUCUCCCUUACCUUUAAAUCCUAUUUUGUAUAGCUCACCAUUUUUGUUUCACUGCUAGUCUUCCAGGGGGAAAGUUUUAUGAAAAUACUGAUUGCUGAUACUAGCUGGUAUUGCUGCUGUGAGCCUUUAAGUUAAUGAAAAUGGACGUUUCUCAGUGUGCGUGUGCUCUGCUUGCAUUAAAUUGAGGGGCAGUGCAAGCAGCAGAAACACCAUAGGAGUGACAAGCUGAUAGUCUGAUGUCAUUAGUGUGCAUCACAGCAUGGAAGGAGACUGCAUGCAGAGCAGGACUUAGUGCACAAGAACUGCUAGUGUUUUUUUUAGGGUUGCUUAUGUACCUAAAUCCACCAAAAUCAGUGCAGAAAAUGGCACUGGCUUAGUUCCUGCAACAAGUAUUUUGUUUCAGCAGCCUCGUGCAGUACAGCCAUUGGCUGAGAUGUCAGCAGUUUUGUGAUGUCCAGCAUGAUUAUUUCAAGCAUAGUGGCAGAAGGUUUUGUUGCUUUUUUGAAGUUAGUGUUUUAUUUGAAUUGUAAUUUUUGCUUAAAACAAUAUUUAAAAACAAGUUUUCAUAAACUGUAUUUAUGAUUCUAGUACUGCCAUGAAUUAGUUUUCUGCCUUUUCGUGAUGUUAAUGAGUUCAUAUUUCAGUGUCUUGCAUAUUUAAUGUUUAGAAUUGACCAGAAACAGGUAUUGCUUUGCUUGAUGGUGAUGAAUAAAGUGCACUCCUGGAAGCAUCCUUUUUAAAAUACUGCUUUGGUUUCACAAGUUGACACCCCUAAAUUUAAACACUAGAGGCAAAAAUAAUGCUAAGCAAGUUAUUUUGCACAUUCACCAGUAGGGCUAACUUGGUAAUGGAGUUCCAGGUUAUGUAUUAAAUAUUAAAUAUAAAACUGAUAAUUACUUGAUUUGCAAAUACAUUCCUGUUUGGCACUUAA